UGCUGAAGUUCCCAUGAUGUCAUUGAAUGGUUCCAUUCCACCAAUCCACGUUCCUCCUGGCUACGUCUCCCAGGUCCUAGAGGACAAUACGGGCGUACGGAGGGUUGUGGUGAUGCCUCAUUCUGAAUGUUACCCCCCCAGUUACUCCACGGCUCUGUCCCCGAGCCACCACAUCCACCCUCCAUACCUGACGCACCCCCACUUUAUACCGGCCUCUCACACAUCAUACUACCCACCCGUCAGCCCUGGGGACAUGCCCCCACAUCAGUUCUACCACCAUCGACUGCCACCCAUCUACCCAGAAGAGAUCAUCCCUCUGUAUAAUGUCUCCACUUUCAUGGGUCAUGAGGAGUACUGUAAACCUCCACCCAAGAAGCUCAAACAGCCAGUGGAGCGUACAGGUCUCAGCCAGGCGACCAGCCCGCUGUCCACCAGCUACAAGAGCACGACGGCCUGCACCGGCACAGCUAAUGGCUAUGGCAAGAGCCACAGCAGCCCUGGAGGAGGGGGUGGAGGAGGAAGCAGCCCUGGCAACAAAAGGCCAGAUCGAAGAGCCAGAGGGAGCCCCAAACAUACAGACAUAGAGCCACAAGAUCCUGAUGUGGACAUAAGACGAGUUCAGGCUGCGCCAUCAGGAAUGGACAAGCCCCAGGUUUCUAAGGUCCAGUCUCACUCCGCACUGGUGUCUUGGACUUCUGCUUUCUCGUCGGGUGUCUCUGGACAGGGUUGGCAGGGGGACGGGGCCCCUCACUCCUGUAAUUAUGAACUACAGCUUACAGAUAAGGGCCGAGAUGGGAAAUACAAAGCUGUGUACAGUGGUGAGGAACAGCAGUACACACUUACUGACCUCAGACCAGCCACAGAUUAUCAUGUCAGAGUAAACACAGUGUGUAACUCUGUGAAGGGUCCCAGCUCAGAUGUGAGGGCCUUCACUACCCAUAGUGCCCCUCCUGAUACCCCUCUACCCCCAAGACUGUCCCAUCGCACCAAGAGCUCCCUCACAUUACAGUGGAAGCCCCCUGCGGACAAUGGCUCCAAAAUCACCAAUUAUAUUUUAGAAUGGGAUGAGGGUAAAAAGAACAGCAUUUUCCGUGAGUAUUACGUUGGACAUCAGCGACACUGCAAGGUCAUGAGGUUGUGCCCUGCUGUCGGGUACACAUUUCGCGUGGCAGCACUAAAUGACAUCGGCACCAGUGGAUUCAGCACAGAAGUUGUCUUCUACACCACAGGAAGUCUUCCACAGACGUCCUUACCGCCACGGCUGGUACUGGCAGGUCCAUCUUGGGUUACGCUGGAGUGGACCCGACCAAAUAGCUGCAGCGUUGAGGAGGUGGUCACAUACACCCUGGAGAUGCAAGAUGAAACAAAGGGAAUGGAGUUUCAGGCAAUGUACAGCGGUUUGGAGUUGAACCGGAAGGUGGAGCCUCUUAGAAGAAACUCUCUUUACAGAUUUAGGCUCAUCACCUGUAGUGGCGAGUGGCGCAGUGCACCAAGCUCUUUGCUCUUGUGUAAGACGACCCCUGACAGACCUGGACCCCCAUUGAAUCCUGCAGUAAACACAGUCACAUAUUACAGCUUCUGUGUGACGUGGGAACCUCCACAAGAUGAUGGUGGAUCUGGAGAGUUGACUUACGUCCUGGAGAUAUCAGAUGAAAAUACUGAAGAGAGGAAGUGGGCGACUCUUUAUAGAGGACCAGAAAGGAAACAUUUGUGUAAUAAUCUAAAACCAGCAACAUGCUACAACAUCAGAGUCAGCAGUGUCACUGUGGGUGGACAAAGCCAGUUCUCUGAAGACUUGACGGUGUGCACUUUGAGCCCACCCCCUGGCCGCUGUCAGCCCCCAAGAAAUGUUGGUAAAGUCAAACACAAGGAGCUGAAUUUGCAAUGGGAUGGUUCUUUGAAUGGUGAAGAGAGUGAAGGUGUAGCGUUUAGCUUGGAGAUGUGUGCAAUGGAAGAGGGAUCAGAGCCAGUGGAGGUGUAUCAUGGAUCUAAAACAGAGUGUACUGUGGGAAGUUUGCUCCCUGGCACCACCUACAGGUUCCAAGUUCGUGCUGCCAACAAGACUGGGUAUGGGCCAUACUCUGAGUCUGUGGAGAUAAGCACUGCAGCUGGACCCCCAGGCCAGUGUAGCCCCCCUGACAUCAACAUGACGACACAUACCUGUGCUGUUGUUACCUGGGAGAAUGAAAAGAGCUCUGGGAUAGACAUUUCUGAGUACCAGCUGGACUGGGGACAUGAUUUGGACUCUCUUGAACUGGUCUACAGGGGAACAGAAGCUUACUUCCAAAUCUCCAACCUCGAGGCAUCAACAGACUACUGCUGCAGGCUACAGGCCGUGAACCAGGCAGGGGCAGGCCCCUACAGUGACCUGGUGACAUGUCGAACCCCUGCAGCGGCCCCUGAUGUUGUGUCUGGCUUUCUCCUGCUAGACCACCCUUCAACCCCAGAAGACAGUGAGUCUUUCUCCCCCUCCACCUGUCUGGCUCUCAGCUGGGAUGAGCCAUGCUGUAAUGGAGCAGAGAUCACCUCAUACAGCAUCUGUAUGGGAGAGAGCGCCAUCACCAUUGGAAACACAACCUGUUACAUAAUCAGGGACCUGCUGCCGGACAGCGAGUACAGCCUGCAGAUUCGAGCAGAAAAUGAAAUGGGCCCUGGGCCCUUCAGCCAGACACUAACAGUGAGUACCAGGCCCAUGCCCCCAUCUCCGCCCCGACUGGAGUGUGCCGCGGUGGGACCCCAGAGUCUGAAGUUACGAUGGGGCUUCAGCAGCAGGAGUCCAAUUACAGAUGACACUGCCUACAUCCUGCAGAUGGAGGACAGGAACCAGAGGUUUGUAGUGGUUUACCAAGGUCCGAGCCACACAUUUAAGCUGCAAAGACUGAGUGAAUCAAGCCGCUACAGCUUCCGGAUCCAGGCGGUGAGCAAGGCAGGCGAGGGACCCUUUUCUGGGACUUACACCUUCAGCACCACCAAAUCUCUGCCACCAACACUGAAAGCUCCGAGAAUUGUUCCAUUGGAGGGAAAUGCCUGUGAGAUCACAUGGGAGAGCAUUCCACCAAUGAGAGGAGACAGAAUCAGUUAUGUGCUACAAGUGCUGGGAGGCAGAGAAUCUGAGUAUAAACAGAUGUAUAAAGGAGAAGACACAUCCUUCCAGCUCUUUGGCCUUCAAUGGAACACGGACUACCGAGUGCGUGUGUUUGCAUGCAGACGCUGCGCAGACACCCUCCAGGAGCUGUGCGGGUCCUUCAGCCCCUCUGCCCACUUCACCCCACGCCGGUCUGACACCACACUGGCUGUGGAAUCAGACGUCACCAGGGUGCCCAUGGGCAACACCCUCUCAGAUGAACAGUUUGCCAGCCUCAUAGUUUUCGGGGUGGCCUCUCUCUCAGUCUUAAUGGCUUUCCUGCUACAACUUCUCAUAUAGAGGCCUGGAACAUCAAUCCUUCAACUUUUGAACCGCAGCUCGCAAAACAGUUAAAGCAAUUUGUCUUGUUUAACAGUGAUUAUUGGUCACUGGCCAAAUUACACUUUUUACACCUGAAUAUUGAGAACAAUCAAAAAAAUAAUCUACAAGAUGAAAUAUAGCUUUAACAAAGUGAUUGGGCCCUGUGUUUUAGUUUUUAAUGUUUUAAAAGCUGUAGCAUAUUUUCAUAGUAUUGUUAGUAUCUAUAGAUGUUUAACACUAAAAUAAUAAGUGGCCUUUCAGAUCUCAUAUUAUGCAAUAAUGGAGACUCGGAUGGAGAUCUGAGGAGGGAUGUUUUUACAGUUUUGAAGUCCACUGUUCUGUUCUUUACACUAUUGAGUGUCUAGACAGCUGAACAGAAUCAGUACUUCGUUUUUCUUUGUCCCUGAAAAAUCCCUUCUUAAAAGCUAAGGAAAUUCUCCCAACCACUUGUCUUUUGAUUCUUUUGUGCAAAAGAAAAAGACAAAAAACACCAGCAACCGUCAGUCCAAAGAGAGUCAAAUGAAAGUCUUUGCAAUUAGCAAUGUACAAGGUUGUGAAGUCUGGAAUGUUGUAUCUCAGGGACUUGGGAGGCCAGAUUACUGUUCAAGUGUUGGUGUGAACCUGUGCCUUUAAAUCUACAUUUUCAAACAUUUGUGAUGAAUCAUUUCAGAUCUGCUGCUCAAAGUAUUUUUCUUAUCUCAUUCUCCUGAUCACAUUAUCCAGUACAUGAUCAUGUUUACUAGCUCAAUCAGCCCUUAACCAAAGUUAGCGAGCAAAUAUGAUUUAAAGGUUUUCUUUUUGUUUUUUUGUUUUUGAUUUAUUUAUGCUAUAUUCUUGUUCUUUUAUAAUGCAAAUCACAGUGCAAUCUUCAUUUAUUUAUUACAAGAAUCAAGAACUGUCAUAUUCAAUAUUUUUCUUCAUGUAGCAUGUCUUUUAUAGGGGUAUAUGAUUUUUUUUUUUUUUUUUCAAAUAUAAAACAGCAUUUUUAGCAUCAUUAACAUUUUUAGCAUCAUAUUUCAGAUAUUUUUUCUAUUGUUUGUAUUCCGUUUGUAGUUGUGUUUGUUUCACUGGUAUAGUCAGAACUUUUUGUAACAUGAUGUACAACAUUGUGAUUUCCCACUUGCACAAUUGACUCGUUUAAGCCUUUACGGUUUAUUUUUUAUCAUUUUAUAAGAAUUUCUAUUUUCUUCAAUCAAGAUCUUCAUCUAGUAUGCAUUGUUGGACUUAUUAGACAAACAUUCCAUUGUAAUUCUGAUUGAAAGAAGUUGAAUUGACUUGACACUAGAAAACUUGAAGUGGAAACACUUGAAGAAUAUAUAUAUUUUUUUAAUACUUAAGACCAUUUAAACUUAACUCAACACAGAGUCCAUGUUUUUUGUGAAAAUAUAUAUUUUUACUUUGAAUAUGGGUUUUUGUUGUUGUUGUAUCUUAGGAUAUAAGUGGCCUAGAAAUAGUUUUCCAUGCUUGCAUAUAAUUUCAUGAAAAUCAUUCCAUAUUUCCAUUUUCUUUUUAAUAUAACUGUCACAUUUAUUGAUGUAAAUUAUAAUCGUAGACAUUAUAUUUAAAAAUUUACUACCAUAUCAUUUGAAUGUAUAAAUAUU